GAACGACUAAAAGAAGUUUUGUUUUAUUUGUAAAUAGUUCAUAGAAAUAACUAGAUCAAGUAGUUAACUCGAUUACGCUCGCGAAGGUUCUGAGCGCUAAGAUAAAUACUUACUUAUGUGUGUGUAUAGAUAUAGAUAUAGUUUAAGUAUGUACCUACCUACUAGUUGUUCGAGCACCUACCUACUUUAGUAAUAAUAAUAAAUAAAUAGUGACAGGAAGUGAGGAGGCCAGCGCCAUCUAGUAGGAAAUAGCAUAACGAAGUAGAACAAUAGUGCACUAAAUAGACCAUGUAGUUCACCUACUCGACAACAGAUGGCAGCCCCAUCUAGAACAUUCUACUUCUUAUGAGUCUUUUCUAGAGCUUCCUGGAAUUCUCUAUCUUCGGUAGAGAUUAGUAUAAAAGGCAGACGCCAACACCUCACAGCAAGUCAGUUUAAUAGAAAGAGUGAAACAGUAAACAUCUCCAGUGAAUUGUGUGUUUUAUUUCGAAGACUCAACAGGCUAAUAUAUAGCUACCUCUACGUCAGUGGCAUUUCCUCAUCUUCCUGAAGAACCAAACAGGUGCAACCGCCACUUCCUUCGCACCGUAUAGUAAUAGUUCAUGAAACGGUCGAAGUGAUCCGCACAUUUGGUCCAUCGGAGCCGGAUUGAAGACUUUGGAAUGCCUGUAACGAGGUCCACGACAGGGAGGCUACAGCGCGGCGGCCUAGAACAGAGGCCUACUGAAGAAUCGUCGGCCGCCGGCGCCACCGCCUCCACCGCCACCGCUACAGACUCCGACACGCACACGCCGUCAACCGCCGUGAAAGCAUCAACAUCGACGGGUGUGUCCACCGGAGUAUCGACGCCGCCCUCGUCUGCCGCCAGGGUGGAUAGCGUCUCGCCCCCCAUAACAGGGGGGGCACCGCUCCCUGUGUUCGGGGGAGUACCGCCACCGCCCUCCACUGCCGCGAGGGUGGUUACAGCUGCUGCCGGAACGCCCUGCCCACCGUCAUGCAUCCGGGCUACUCCGCCAGCGUCUACAGCAAGAUCGAAGGCCAAGUCAUUAAAGGCACGCCGCAUCGCCGAAGCGAAAGAAGAAUUAGCGUGUCGUCAAGUUGAAAUCGCCGAAGCAAAAGAAGAAAUAGCACGUAGUAAAGAAGAAAUAGCACGUCGUAAAGCUGAACUCGCCGCCGCCCGUCUCGCAGUUAUUGAAGCUGAAUCCGACACCGAUGACGACGACGGCAGCAUCAGUACCGAGAUGGAGAGUACGCUCAAGGUCGACUCGUGGCUCAAGACACAGCAGAAUGUACUGGCCAUCAAGAACGAGCCUCACUCCGCGUCAGCAGCACCACCACCGCCAACAGAAGCUGCUGAGGAGUCCAGACAGCAUGAUGAGGACUACGUUCUACCACCGCCAGUCGCCACCGCCGUCGACCCUGCCUCCACUGCCGCCGUCCCUGUCGCUCAGCCGCGGACAAGCGACUCUGUGAGCCUCACUGCCCUCGCCGAAGCUAUUGCUCUAGCUGCAAGAGCCGGGGCGCCGCCGCCACCACCACCGCCACCGGCUCCGCGUCACAUUAGUGAGCUACCGUACUUUAGUGGCGCGCCGCACGAGUGGCUACAGUUCAAGACCGCCUACUACGAGUCCGCCGCAUCACUCGCGCCCUGCGACAACAUGGGGCGCCUACGUCGAUGCCUGAAAGGAAGAGCGAAGGAAGCUGUCAGCCGCCUGCUCAUCACCAGCACGACGCCCGAGAACGUGAUGAAGUCACUCGAAUUGUGCUUCGGGCGCCCGGACAGCAUCGCGCUCGCCGAGUUGGAACGUCUGCGCGCACUACGCCGGCCUACGGAUAUCGCUACAGAGUUCUGCUUCUUUGCAAACGAAGUAAGCAACAUCGUAACGACACUUCAAGAGCUGCACCGCGACCGCUACCUCAACAAUCCCGAGAUCACGCAGCUCACAGUCGAGAAGCUCACCGCCGCCCACAAGCUUCGCUGGUUCGACUUCUCCGCCGCACAGUCGCCCGAGGAACCCGACCUGCUGAAGCUCAGCCGCUUCCUCACUCGGGAAGCCUCGAUAUGCGGGCCGCACGCACAUGAGAAGACGUCGAGCAUCGCCUACGAACCGAAGCAGCAGCAACAGCAGCAGCAGCCACGCCGCGCACAAAGGGCACACGCAACUGCGGAACAGAAAGUUUCGUGCCCAGUAUGCUCCAACGCCGGCCACAACAUAGCAGAAUGCCGCAAGUUUGUAGAGAGCAACAUCGACUCACGUUGGCAGCUAGCUAAGGAAAGCAGACUCUGCUUUCGUUGUCUACGCUACCGCAGCAAGACGCACCGAUGCAGAAUUAAGAAAUGCGAAGUUGACGGCUGCGAGAGGUCACAUCACCGACUGCUUCACUUCGUGCGCAAAGACGAGCCCGAAUUAAAGAAAACGGAAGCAGUCGCCUCUUCGUGGACACCGAAGACGCAAGCGUAUCUCAAGAUAGUAAAGGUGCAAGUCUCCGGACCAGCGGGAGCGGUCGACACAUGCGCGCUCCUAGACGACGGAUCUACUGUUACGCUCAUCGACAGUGACAUUGCACAGAGGAUCGGAGCCAGGGGGCCUAUUGACCCUCUCUUCAUAGAAGUGAUCGCUGACACAAGCGUCGAAGAGUCCGCAUCACGUCGCGUCACACUCACUCUCGAGGGGGCAAGCGGGACGCACAUAGUCAACGCACGCACAGUAAGAAAGCUGCACCUCGCCGCACAGCGUGUCACCGAGCAAGACCUUGCCGGCUGCCCUCAUCUAGAAGACAUCCAGCACGAGCUGAAGCACGCAGACAUGAAGCCAGGCCUGCUCAUCGGGCAAGACAAUUGGCACCUGCUCAUGGCGUCGGAAGUGCGAGCGGGACAGCGACACCAACCAGUGGCUUCACGCACACCACUGGGCUGGGUUUUACACGGUGCACACACGCGCGCACUGGGACAGCGCGUGCACUACGUGAACAACAUCAUCAACCUCGAAGACAGCAUGGACGAGCAGCUGAAGAGACACUUCGCGCUCGACUCAUUAACGAUCACACCGAAGACACCAAAGUCUGACCCAGAACAGCGAGCACUCGACCUGCUCACCAAGAACACCAUAGCACGAGACGACGGCCGAUAUGAAACGUCUCUACUGUGGAAGAAGGAUGAUUUCAGCAUGCCAAACAACUACGAGAACACGCUGAAGAGACUUCACAGCAUCGAGAAGAAGAUUGAUCGCGACGCUGACCUCAAAGAAAAGUACGAGAAACAGAUGGAGAGCCUUAUUACAAAGGGCUACGCUGAAGUCGCGCCACCGACCACAUCAAACAAAGUGUGGUAUCUACCGCAUUUCGCAGUCGUCAAUCCAAACAAGGGCAAGAUUCGCAUUGUCCUGGACGCAGCAGCCACAUAUAAAGGCGUCUCACUAAAUGACCACCUACUCACCGGGCCAGACCUACUACAGUCGUUGCCGGGAGUACUAAUGCGCUUCAGACAGCAUGCAGUCGCCGUGACAGCUGAUAUCGCCGAGAUGUUCAUGCAGGUGAAGAUACGCGCUGAGGAUCGAGAUGCCCUUCGCUACCUGUGGAGGGGCAACAAGCGUGAUGGGCCGCCAACAGAAUACAGAAUGACGUCACUCAUAUUCGGCGCUACAAGUUCACCAUCAACAGCAAUCUACGUGAAGAAUAUUAACGCACUCAAGUACGAAGCCACUCACCCCGAGGCAGUAGACGCAAUUAUCAACAAACACUACGUCGACGACUACCUCGACAGCCACAAGACCGAAGAGCAAGCGAUCAAGGUGGCGCAGGACGUCCGCGACAUACACCGGCGAGGCCACUUCGUGCUGCGGCAAUGGGCAUCAAACUCCGAGGCAGUACUCAAAGCACUCGGCGAAACAGGCAACGAGCCCAUGAACAUUAAGAUCGAUGAUGGAUCAAGCGAACGAGUCCUAGGUCUCAUCUGGCGGCCAAAAUCCGAUGCGCUCGGUUUCAACCUAGACUUGGCGCGUCUGCCGCCUGCAGUCAUAGAAAAGAAGAUACCCACGAAGAGAGAAGCACUCAAGAUCGUCAUGUCGCUGUAUGAUCCGCUCGGAUUUGCCGCGCCUGUCACCGUGCGAGCAAAACAGCUACUUCAAGAGGCGUGGCGGCGCGGCACUACCUGGGACCAGCCAAUAGAUGAAGACCUCUCAGAACAAUGGCAACAAUGGAUGAUGCACCUGGAAGGGCUAGGCCGUGUCUCAAUACCGAGGUGCUACGCCCGCUACAGCGACGCUACGAGUCUACAGCUACAUAUAUUUGUCGACGCGAGCGAGUCCGCAUACGCCGCCGCUCUUUAUUGGCGGGCGGUAACAGCAGAGGGUAAGACAUACCUAUCGCUCGUCAUAGCAAAGGCGCGAGUGGCACCGCUCAAGCUCACUUCGAUCCCGCGCCUCGAGCUACAAGCCGCCGUUAUGGGCUGCCGUAUGGCCGCAGCCGUCAUUGAAGAACACCAAGUUAAGCCCGAAUCGAAGACCUUCUGGACCGACAGUAAGACGGUGCUGACAUGGCUGAAGAACGGCUCAAGAUCGUACCGCCCGUUCGUCGCGCACCGCAUAGCUGACAUCGAGGAAAACAGCUCUACAAAUGAAUGGCGCUGGAUACCUACGAAACUCAACGUGGCCGACGACGCUACAAGGGAUGUGCCACGCGACUUCGACGCUGACCACCGAUGGUACAAGGGCCCAUCCUUCUUACUCGAGGACCCUACUGCCUGGCCGGCGGAAAAACCACUUCUAACGAAGAAAACAGGCGAAGAGAAAACGACCUCAGUUACCGAAAAGUCUGCACAACUAAAAGAAGCGCUGCCAGACUACAACCGUUUCUCUAAGUGGGAAAAACUGCUACGAGCUACAGCAAGAGUUUUACACUUCAUACAGCUGUGCCGGCCACGUGAUCAGCGAGUCAACUACAAAAGAACUGCAAAAAAUAGCGAAAAAGACCCUGACUGGCGCAAGAAAACAGCUACGAAACCGAACAAGCGUGCGACAGUGAAAACUACAGAAGACAGAAAAUACCUCCCGCUCACCGGGCAGCUACUACGUGAGGCGGAAAUACUACUCGUACGCCUAAGUCAACAGCAAGCCUUCGACUCAGAAAUAGAAGACUUACAGAAAAACAGAACCCUGAACGCGAGAAGCAGGCUGCGCCACCUUGCGGUCGUCGCUGAAAAUGGAAUACUACUAUUGAAAUCGCGAAUCGGCCGUACACUCAAUAUAGAACAAGGAGUCAUCAGCCCUGCAAUACUCGACGGCAAUCAUCAAAUCACCAAACUGUGGAUCGACUACACACACCGCCAGCUGAUGCACGCAGGAGCCGAAACUACAGUUAAUGAGUGCAGACAGCACUACUGGAUACUCCGCCUUCGCACAGUGGUGAAGAUGAUGAUUCAUCGAUGUCGACCAUGCCGCAUCAGGAAAGAUUCACCCCCGCAGCCACCUACAGGAGACCACCCAUCGAGCCGCCUUGCACACCACUGCAGGCCCUAUACCUACACCGGCCUGGACUACUUCGGGCCUCUGACAGUCACCGUGGGCUGCACUCGACAGAAGCGAUAUGUGGCGCUCUUCACGUGUCUCACGACGCGCGCCGUACACUUAGAGCUGGUGGACUCUCUCACCACUAGCUCGGCAGUGAUGGCGCUGCGUAGGCACAUGGCACUCUACGGAACACCUACUGAGCUAUGGUCCGACAACGGCACGAACCUGCGCGGGGCUGAUAGAGAGCUGCGGCAAUCAAUCGACGCCGCUACAGCUGAUGAAGCGGCCCAACAGAAGAUCAACUGGCGCUACAUACCUCCUGGGGCUCCUUUCAUGGGUGGGGCCUGGGAGAGACUGGUGCGGUCAGUGAAGACCGCCCUUUACGCCGUCCUGAACGAGCAGCACCCAGCCGAAGAGGUGCUGCGCACACUGCUAGCCGAGGCAGAAUACGCAGUAAACAGCCGCCCGCUCACGCAUGUGUCACUCGAGCCCGACGACCCCGAGGCCUUGACACCGAACCAUUUCCUGCUCGGCGGAUCAGGACGCGUACACGCGCCUGGCAGCUUCGACGACAAGGACCUCAUCAGCCGCAGUCACUGGCGCGCCUCUCAGCGCCUGGCCGACCUCUUCUGGGCAAGAUGGCUACGAGAGUACCUGCCUGAACUUCAGCACCGGCGGGAGCCUCACGGACGCGGCGAAGCAGUCAAGGUUGGCGACAUUGUCAUGGUGGCAGACGGCAACCUACCGCGCAACACGUGGCCAAAGGGCGUUGUCACGGCUGUCUACCCCGGACAAGACGGCAUCGUAAGAACAGUCGACGUCCAAACCAAAGGAGGAACCCUUAGAAGACCGACCAAGAAGCUGGUGAUCCUGCCUACAGCUCCAGACGUUCCGACCAAAGAAUUCAACGCCCUGCAGGCGAUGACCGGCGGGAGAGAUGUACGGAACGACUAAAAGAAGUUUUGUUUUAUUUGUAAAUAGUUCAUAGAAAUAACUAGAUCAAGUAGUUAACUCGAUUACGCUCGCGAAGGUUCUGAGCGCUAAGAUAAAUACUUACUUAUGUGUGUGUAUAGAUAUAGAUAUAGUUUAAGUAUGUACCUACCUACUAGUUGUUCGAGCACCUACCUACUUUAGUAAUAAUAAUAAAUAAAUAGUGACAGGAAGUGAGGAGGCCAGCGCCAUCUAGUAGGAAAUAGCAUAACGAAGUAGAACAAUAGUGCACUAAAUAGACCAUGUAGUUCACCUACUCGACAACAGAUGGCAGCCCCAUCUAGAACAUUCUACUUCUUAUGAGUCUUUUCUAGAGCUUCCUGGAAUUCUCUAUCUUCGGUAGAGAUUAGUAUAAAAGGCAGACGCCAACACCUCACAGCAAGUCAGUUUAAUAGAAAGAGUGAAACAGUAAACAUCUCCAGUGAAUUGUGUGUUUUAUUUCGAAGACUCAACAGGCUAAUAUAUAGCUACCUCUACGUCAGUGGCAUUUCCUCAUCUUCCUGAAGAACCAAACAGGUGCAACCGCCACUUCCUUCGCACCGUAUAGUAAUAGUUCAUGAAACGGUCGAAGUGAUCCGC